AUCUUACUCGGCCUCGUCUACAGCCUCAUCUACGAACUUUACUGGUCACCACUCUCUCGGUUCCCGGGCCCGAGGCUCUGGGCCAUUUCCCGCAUACCCGGCCAAUUGUCCGUGUUCCGGGGAUACGCCCAUCUAGAUGUCACAGUUCUCCAUGAACGGUAUGGACCCGUAGUCCGCACCAGUCCUAAUGAACUGGCUUUCAAUACACCACGCGCAUUUCGGGAUAUUUACGGUGCUCGACCGGGGGAUCCGUCGCGAUAUGUGCCGCCAGCGAAUAAUGUCAAUCACAUCAUUGCUGAGGUAGAUAAUAUCUCUCAUGCGAGACAGAGAAAGUUGUUGGCACCGGCUUUCUCGGAGAGGGCACUGCGGGAGCAGGAACCUCUUAUCACGGGGUAUGUUGACACGAUGAUUUCCAAGCUGCGCUUGGAGAUUCAGAAAGGUUCUUCGGUUCUUGAUAUCAAGAAUUGGAUGAAUUACACUACCUUCGAUAUCACCGGCGACUUGAUGUUCGGCGAGUCCUUUGAUUGUUUGAAGAAUAGCCAGUUACAUCCGUGGAUUGGAUUGAUCUUCAAGUCAAUCAAAGCGUUGUCGUACGAUAGUAUGGCAAGGCAGUUUCCGCUCUUUCAUAGCUUGCUAUUUGCUUUGGUGCCCAAGCGGCUCAAGCAAAAGGCUGUAGAGCAUUUUGAUCUUGCUGCUCGUCGGGCGGAUCGUCGUUUGGAGACGGAGACCACCAGGCCAGACUUUAUGUCGACGAUCUUGCAGAAUGGAUUGAGUGAAUCGAAAGAUCAUUACCGCGAUGGGCCGAGGAUGAUGACUCGAGCGGAGAUUCACUCGAAUGCGUUUAUUCUGAUCAUUGCAGGUAGCGAGACUAGCGCAACGCUCCUUUCUGGCUGUAUUUACUACCUGUGCACGAACCCACGCGCUAUGAGCCUCCUCAUCAGUGAGAUCAGAUCUGCGUUUGCCAGUGCUGAAGACAUAACAUUCCGCAGCUCUGCUGCGUUGCCAUACUUGGUUGCCGUCAUUGAAGAAUCACUCCGGAUGUAUCCACCUUUCGUUACCAGUCUUGCACGUAUCAUCCCGGCGGAUGGUGCAUGUAUCGAUGGUCAUUUUGUACCGGGCGGCACCGUCGUUAGUUGCCACCACUACGCCUCCUACCGUUCCACCUCCAACUUCGCUCUCCCCAACACAUUCAUUCCGGAGCGAUGGCUCGGAAGUGACACCCGCUUCGACAAUGAUAAAAAGGACGUCUUGCAGCCUUUUAGUCUCGGGCCGAGGAAUUGUCUUGGGAAGACCCUGGCUUACUGCGAGACCCGAUUGAUCCUCUGCAAACUGCUAUACAACUUCGAUAUCACCCUGUGUCCCGAGAGCGUGGAUUGGACAAAGCAGAAAGUGUAUUUCCUUUGGGAUAAGCCUGCGCUUAGGGUUACGCUGCAGGAUCGGUUUGAGGGGUGGGAGAAGGAGUAUGCAUAG